AUGGAUAUUACUAUAACAGCUCUACAAAUAGUUGCUAAACCUGCAGUAUUUAAUGUGCUGAUUGUGAUUCAUCUGCAACUAAUUGCAUAGAUUGUUAUAGCAACUAAUACCUUGCCAGUGCAAAAUGUGUAUGCAACAAAGGUUAUUUCCCAAACCCUCUUUAGAAUUAACUAUGCUUGUAAUGUAAUAGUAAUUGUAAUACUUGUUUAAAUACAGCAUCAAGCUGCACAAGUUGUAUUACAAAUGCUAUUUUAGUUAAUAACACUUGCUAGUGUAAAAAUAGAUAUUACUCUCCUAAUUCAGAACCUUUCUUUGAUUGUUAACCUUGCAAUAACAACUGUUUAAAUUGUUAAGAUACUAGCACUAAAUGCAUUAGCUGCUAUGAUUCUAAUGCUAUAGUAAAUUCAAGCUCAUAAUGUGCUUGUAAAUAAGGAUAUUAUACAAAGUCAACUAAUCCUGAACUUACAUGUGGAAAAUGCGAUCUAUCUUGUUAGACUUGUGUUGGCCCUUGCAACAAUAGUUGUUCAAGCUGCUUCAGUAAUGCUACACUUGUUAAAGGAGUAUGCGUUUGUAAUAGUGGAUUUUAUUAAGAUCCUACAACAAAAUAAUGCUUACCCUGCUCCAUCAAUUGUGUUACUUGCACUAAUAAUGCAAACAAAUGUUUAACUUGUACACAAAAUGCUUCAUUGA